AUGUCACCCUCAGCCACUAUCAACGUUGUACGAUAUUCUGCGCUUGCAAGUGGAAUCCUUUACGGCAUAGUUCACAAGCAAACCUUGAAAUCGAAAUACGAAAAUUUACACUACGAAGAGGAGGUUCAUAAACGAGAGAAUUGGGUCAAAGAAGCUAAACGGGCUUGGCAAUCCAGGCAGCUUACCAACUCGGCCGGGAUAAACAACGACCCUGAUAGUCCAUCGUUUGAUCUGGAAGCUUUCUUGAAUCAGUUGGCGACGGCAAACCAAUGA